ACCUUCCAUUAUAACCCCACCCUUCUCUCUCUCUCUCUCUCUCUCUCGCGUAUAAGCAGUGUGCUCUGCAAUCUGCAUUCUGUAGUACUACUCUCUCUGUAAAUCCCAUCCCAGCCACCAUUAAAGCUUUGAUAUUUCUUCAUCCACUGAGCUUUGGAUCCCAAAAACCUCUCAGUCGCCAUGCUUUAGGUUUUUUGAUUGAAAAGGAGGAACUUUAAUGGAAGUAGAGAGACCCCAUCAUCGCAAUAACAGCAGCGAGCUCUUCAUCUGCUUCACCUCUCGCUUGUCCUCCUCCUCAUCCAUGAAGCUCUCGUCAAAGUCCAUUCUCAGCCCAGGUCGCAGCAGAGAGCCGUCUCAGAUUUCUCUAUCCACCUCUCUCAGCAGAAGGCUCAGAAACAGUGGUAGCAUCAAGGGUGGUAAUGGCCAAGCCUCUCCGAUGUUCCCGACGACCGGAAAGAAGAGAGGAUGUGCGUUCGAAAACCCAGAACCAUCUUCGCCGAAAGUAACAUGCAUCGGGCAAGUUCGAGUGAAGACGAAGAAACAGGGGAAGAAGAUGAGGGCGAGGUCAAAGAAGAGAAGAGGAGAAGCAAGCUUUCGAAAAGCAGAGCCGGGGUUUUCAGAUCUUCAGAAUUUGCAGCAAGAGGCGGGGCUGACUCAUCGGAGCCAGAGAUGGGUUCAUCUGCCACUGACGAUUUGUGAAGCUUUGAGGGCGUUCGGGGCUGAGUUCAGCUGUUUAUUUCCUUGCAGGUCUUCUUGUGGGAGGGAGAAAGACGAUGAGAAGAUGGGGAAAGGAGAGGGAUCUGGUGGAGGACAGAGCAGGGAGGGUUCUUGUGGGGCAGCAUUUGCGAGAUGGUUGGUGGCUUUGCAAGAAGGAGAAGCUAAGGGCAGAGAGAUUGAGUUGGUGGUGGGUGAAGAGAAUGAAGACGACGAUGAUGAUAGAAAGGAUGAUAGCCCAGAGAGAAGCAGAAGAAGACACGUGUUUGAAGAUAUUGAGAUCGAUAUGGAGAAGAAACAUGAGGAUGAAGAUAAGGCGAGGGUGAGUAUAUGUAUUCCGCCAAAGAAUGCUCUUUUGUUGAUGAGGUGCAGAUCUGAUCCUGUGAAAAUGGCUGCUCUUGCCAAUCGGUUCUGGGAGUCACCUGCUCCGAAAGAUGAAGAUGAACGAGAUGAAGAACUACAACAAGACGACGACGACGAACAAGUACACAUGGAAGAAGGAGAAGAACAGGGAAAAAUUCUAGUUCCAGCAGUGGAAGAAGAGGGCAGCAUUUGUGAAGAAGCCAAUGAAGAGCGAGAAAUCCCAGAAGCAGAAACGGAAGCAGAAGCAGAAUCACUUUUAGAAGCUUAUGAAUUUGAAAUCCCAACAAUCCCAGAAAUUAGUAAAGUUGCUGAAGCAAGUGGAGAAAAGCCAGAGGUUGAAGAAGAGCAAAAAACGGAAAACGAAGUUGAAGUUGAAGACGGUAAUGGCAAUCAGAAAGACGAAAACUGCUUGUGUGAUUUUUCGCCUGAGGUUAUAUCAGAUCUCGAAAAACCAGAACUGGAAGAGGUUCGUGAAGAGAGACUGGAGGAGAAGGAAAAAGGCAAAGAUUUUUGUAGCAACGAACAAAAUAUCUCAGAACCUGCUUCGUCGUCACCGCCUGUAAUUUCUGUAGCAUCAGAAUCAGAAAACAAUGAAGAAGCAGUUGCAAUUUCGGUGACGCCUGAAACAUCAGCACAAGAAGCAACUGUGGAGUCAACGGAAAAGGAAGAAGGAGAGAAAGAGACCAAAGAGGAGCCUAGGGAAGACGAAUCGACGGCGACCCAAUAUAGAUCCGACGCGGAAGACCCGAAACCCAAAGAGCAGAAACAGGGUCCGGUUCUACCCGAUUGCUUGCUGUUGAUGAUGUGCGAGCCGAAGCUAUCUAUGGAGGUGUCGAAGGAGACGUGGGUGUGCAGCACGGACUUCGUCCGGUGGCUGCCGGAGAGGCCGGCAAAGAGAAAGGACGGUGGGGAUGAGCCCAAGAAGAGGAUUAGCAUCGACGCCAAGCCACCGCUGGCACCGCCUCAGCUGAUGCAGCCACCAAGAUCGUCGUGUUCGUUUCCGGCACCGGCGGCUCACGGCGGAGGGAUGUCAAUGGCGAGCAUGAUAGAGCAAAAGCUGGUGGGGUCCAACGCCUACGAGCCAUUCGUUUUGACUCGUUGCAAGUCGGAGCCGAUGAGGUCAUCGGCGAAGCUGGCGCCGGACGCUUGUUUCUGGAAGAACAGGAAGCUGGAGACGCAUCACCGUCCGGCUCCGCUCGGCGUCGGCACUGCUGGGGUUGGAUUUUGAUCUCAAUUCUUUUUCUUUUUCUUUAUCUUUAUCUUAUUAUGAAAAAUAAUCUAGAAGGUAUGAUUCCGUAGAUUAUUGGACAAGGUUUGGAAUCACAGUCAUCAUGAGGUUUACCGCCUCUGGUUUCCCUUGUAAAUUUAUCAGUGAUUUUCUUUUUCAGGUAAUUAUUGUUCGGGACUGUACGUGUUUAUUUUUUUCUGAGCCAUUUAACAAAAUUGAAGAUGUCUACUUUUUCGUCCCU